UACUUGCGUCAACAAAGAUCCUGGUUAUGCCUGUAUGUGCAGUCCUUCUCACGUAGGAGAUCAUUGUGAAGCAUCUGCUGAUGAUCUUCCGGGAUUCAUCGUAUCCCCUGGGGUUCUGGCUGCCAUCUUGUCCUGGAUUUUCGUCAUCAUUUCAGUUGUCGUUGUUGGAGGUGUUAUUCACAAACAUUUCCGACAGGGAAGGAUUCAUGUCAAAUCUUUGAAGAACAGUGUCACCCUGGACUUCGCAGGCGCUGACGACAUGACCUCACACAGCCUCGAUAUUACGAGAAACAUACUUUCCGAUGACCAGGUGUCGGCUCAGCCAUCCCCAGAGGUUGUUGAUGUUGAUAUUCUGAACGGUGGGGCCAGAGACGCACUCCAAAAACGGGGUGGAUUUAGUCAAACCAACCACCUUCAGAAGAAGAGUCUUAUCAGCAGCGAAAGUUCCAAAACGGGUUGUGUGUGCCCUCAUCUGCCCUCUGUCGACGACCUGCGGAACUACGCUUACGAAGGAGAUGGAAGCUCGCCGGGGUCACUUUCCUCUUGCUGUUCAGGGGGCGACAAAAUAGGAGAAAGAAGUUUCGUGGGAGGCUUCCAUGAUGUGGCUACGUUGCUCAACUGUCUGGGUGGACAGUCGACUUCCAGUUCUCCGAAACUGCAAAGAAGUUCGAAACAGGAUAAAAAUUCGCCACCAAAUAAAAUCCAAGACGCGUCGCUGCCUGUCUUGCAUCUCCUGCAUUCGCCAAGCAGACGCCAACUGACUCCUGACCUGACCUCGUCAUCAUCUUGGAUAAAUGGAAUUUUGCCAAAUAUGAAUCCCACGAAAAAGAGGGACACAGAUUGCUUGCAGAAGAGCAUCUUUCAUUCGAGCAUAAAACCUAAACAGCCAUUGUUGCAUGAUUCUAAAUAUAAUUCUCUUCCUAAGUCUAAAGCGAGUCAUGUUUUCUCAAACCACAUCUAUGAAAAAGGGAAGACAGAGCUGAAUGGUGCUUAUCAUUCUCUGCAGCGAAAUCAUUCCGUAUUUCACCUGCCGGUGAAGGAGAACGUCCAGGGAGCAGCUGAUGAACACCCGGGUUGUUCCUGCAAACACAAGUGCUCAUCAUCAGAGAACAAAGAGGGAAGUUGUGCGAGAGAAGGAUUGACCCGAGCGAAAUGCGAUGCCUGCGUCAUGGACACUCUCGUGCAACAGGGAAUCCACAAGAGAAGUUUUUCAGCUUCCACGGUCUUCUUUCUCUCUCCUGCUUACACCUGUAACACUGCAACUCUUCCUGCACCAACUGCCAGUGCUCAAGGUAAUACACAUUCCUGCUGGAUGUCUGAUGAUCCCUUUUACAAAUAGAAAGGAGUCAUCACCAGGUGGCCAUUCCAGUCUCCCCACAUUCGCCGAGCACCUCUUCACUUCAGUCACCUUGCCGCCCGAGUUCUUGUUUUGGCUACCAAAAUUGUAAUUUUUGUCACAGUUCAUCAGUAAAAGUAGAUAUUUAUAAAAUAAGCUAUUAAGGGUGUUUUAAAUAUAUCGUUUACAGGCAUUGUUUUUGCCUGCUCAGUUGUUUCAUGAGAAGCCAAAAGUAAACAUGGUCACGGGCCUCGGUCAUGGGACAGCAAAAGGUGCAAGUAUUAGAGGAAGAAAAGUAAAUGGCAUUUGUACUUUUGUAUGUAAACUGAUCUCAUA